AUAAAACCUGCGUCCUGUGCUAUUCCACUACGUAUGGCACGCGCCUGAGCCCGUAACUGCUGCCACGCGCGCUCGACGAGACGAGACAGAGGGAUGGCGCAGCUCUGGGCGGUGUUCCUGGCCGUGGGGUCGCUCGCCAUCGGCCUGCUCGGGGUGCUCGGAGUCUGGCUCUGCUACCUGUUCCAGGCCGUGGCGCUGGGCCCACCUCCCGCCCCGCCGCCCGACACGCCGGACACGAGCGGCGACGGCGACGGCGACGACAAGAACGGGCUAUCGGAGGCGGAGCUGAGGCGGCUUGGCGGGGUCGUCCAGGCGGAGGCCGCCGUCGACGACGAGGAGGAGGCGCUGUGCCCCAUCUGCCUCUACGCCAUGGAGCCGGGCCGCGCCGUGCGCGUCCUCCCCGGCUGCAACCGCGCCUUCCACCAGGACUGCGUCGAUCGGUGGCUGGCCAUCUCGCCGCGCUGCCCCGUGUGCAACAUCUGGGCCACGCCGCAGUCGCCGCAUGCCUCGCUGACGGUGGCCAAGACUGCUCCGGGGUGCUGACACGGGGGCGCGCGCGCGCGCUUUCUUGGUUCUUGACGAUUCUUGGUCCGCCUCUGAACUUCUGAUCAAGAAGCGUUCUUGACGUAACUCUAGUUAGUUUUCUUGGCUCGGGAGAGCGGUUCUUGUUAGUUUUCUUAGUCUGCUAUACAUGGUUGUGUACAGGAUUCUUGGACGUGAGACUGCAUGUAGUUACUACGAUUCUAGAAAGAAAUGAGUAGGCUUUUGCAGAUUUGGGUCUCUUUUCUUCUAGCAGAUCGUCACAGUUGGCCGCAUUUGGUCUAUUUGAUGAACAAGAGACAGUAAAUGCCGUGAAGAUAGCAAAUUAUGAUGUGGGGUAGCAUAUCCAUCCUAUUAAUCAGACGCCGAUUCUGAUUUUCUCGAUUUUUAUUCUUCUUUGAGCUGUCGGUUGAAAACACACUGCAAACAUCUAGUUCAAAUCAGAAGCGGUUACUUAAUGAAAUCAACAGUUACUCUGGUUUUUUUUUUCAUUUUUUGCAGUGAAGCACUUACACUCUGCUGCUUGAGCUAUUUUGCAGAUCAGAUGCUCCAUGUUCGAUUCUUGUUUCCUGUUCUGUGGCAUAUGUAUUUGUGUAUUAUGAGUACUAGCACAGUUUGAAGCUUAAGCUUCCCAAAAUAUCAUUUUUUCAGAAUUCGGCAUCACUAUCUGUGGCUUGUUAGUUAUGGUCAGAUGCUUCAGAAUUUAAUUUACUUGUGUGAACAGGUCAUGGAACUCAAGUUUCUUGGUUCUGAACUUGUUGCUAUUUUGUCAACCUGUCAU